UCGCUAGUGUCACUUCAUUCUCUUAAACCUACUUUGCUCGUUUUGAGUUAAGUAGCAUGUAGCAAGUGUAGGCUACUAUUUACGAUGUUGUGUAUUUUACUAUGAAUAUAGAAAAACUAUAGUAAAUGGUUUAAGGUUCCUGUGGACACCUGACUGGACCUCCAGGGAUUUAAUAACAUGGACGCAUUUGUAACCUGACGCAACACAAUUCACUGCCUGCUAAUGGCUAACUUAUACAUGCAGCCAAUAAUGUAGUAGAACAUGUGCUAGACUGAGAGCAAUGUUCCAACCUUACAGGGCAAUCAUUUAUAGCGUAGGUACAGCUUAAAUUAAGCUUGUUAUAUUAUACUACCUCAUUUUCCUCUUGUUACGAGCCGCAGAGGACCGGAAGCAAAUUCCUUCAAAAUAACAGUAAGUGUAAAGAAGUAAUUCAAAUAAUCCUAUUUGGAAUCAUUUCUGCCAAAUUCUGAGUGAUCUUAAAAUACCAUAUAAUGAUUCUGGCAGUAUGUAUUUAUUAUGUGUUUUUCUGAAUGUAAGGCCUCAUUUAAAUUUUGACCAGAUGUCCUACAUUUGAGUCUAGUUGCUAAUCACCCUGAGUUUUAUUUUGAAAAGCCAGUUUUUGUAGUUAUCUGGGAUAGUAUACCACUGAUAGUACUUGUCAUAACUCCCUGUAACUUUGCCUUGAUAAUCAGCAUGGGCAUCAAAAUAAGUGUGAGCUGCACUGUGUUGUUUGUCCUACUGGAUAUUGUCAUCAGCACUGUCCUAUACACACAUGGAUCACACUUGAUCAUAUUCAGAAAGGAUGUCCUGGACUUUAACAUCCUCCAGUCAGUGUUGGACCUCUGGGGGACUGUGCUGCUCCGAGCCUCCCUUCUGCUGGGAGCCUCCAUAGGUGUAUCAUGGAACAAGGAGGACGGCCCACCAAGGGUCGUUACACUCACCACCCUCAUUCUCCUCAUCUGCCUGGUCAUCAUCACCUAUGCCCUGGCCAAGCUGCUGAUGCUGUCUGAAGUGGAGCCUCUGACACACCAGCCCUGGCUCCUGAGCCUGAUAUGCUGGACUUGUGCCUCCUCUCUGGGAGUCAUGCUGCUCUGGAGCCUGCUGGGGAAGCAGUCCGUCUCAGUGAGCGCUCACGACAGCGGCACCAGCAGCACCAGCAACAGAGGCGGAGGAGACUCUGAGGACACUGAGAAGCUGGUGGGGACAGGUGGUGAGGAGGAGCGGGGUGUGGGGUGUGAGAGGAAGAAGCAGAAGGAGGAGGGAAUCCAGGAGAAGGAGAAGACCAGCUCUGGGGCAACACUGGGACGUUUGCUAACCUUCUGCAAGAAGGAUGGUGGACUGGUGUCUGUAGCUGUCCUCUUCCUCCUCAUCUCUGCUGUGUGUGAAGCCUUCAUACCGUACUACUAUGGGAAGGCCAUAGACAGCAUUGUGGUUCACAAGAGCAUGGAGUACUUUGCUAAACCGGUCAUUACAGUGGCAGUGCUGGCCUUAGCCAGUUCACUUGCAAUGGGAGUGCGUGGAGGAGUCUUCACCAUGACAUUUGCUCGAUUAAACCUUCGGCUCAGGAACCAUCUCUUCAGAACUCUGAUGAGGCAGGAAAUUGCCUUUUUUGAUGACAACCACACAGGUGACAUCAUUUCACGUCUGUCAGCUGACACCACCCAAGUGAGUGAUCUCAUCUCCCAGAAUGUCAACAUCUUUCUGAGGAGCACCAUCAAGGGUGCUGGCUUCUUCAUCUUCAUGUUUGGGAUGUCCUGGAAGCUCACACUGGUGACCAUCAUGGGAUUCCCUUUCAUUGCCGUCGUCUCUACACUUUACGGACAAUACUACAAGAAACUGACCAAAGAAGUGCAAACAACUCUUGCAGAGGCCAACAAAGUUGCAGAAGAAACCAUUUCAGCCAUGAGGACGGUGCGGAGCUUUGCCAACGAGUGUGGGGAGGCUGACUCCUACUAUGCCAAACUCUUAGUCAUGUUCCAGCUCAACAAAAAGCAAGCCCUGGCCUAUGCUUGCUACAUGUGGUCCAGUUGUAUUUCAGAGCUCGCUCUGGAGGUUGCUAUCCUCUACUAUGGGGGUCACCUUGUGGUUACUGGUCAGAUGAGCAGUGGUGCCUUGAUAUCUUUUUUCAUAUACAUGCUCGAGCUGGGAGAAUGUCUGGAGAGCAUUGCGUCGGUGUACACAGGCCUCAUGCAGGGUGUGGGAGCAGCUGAGAAGGUUUUUGAGUAUCUAGACAGGGAACCCAAACACCGAGCUGAUGGUACAGAGGUUCCAGACACAUGUACCGGUCUAGUUGAAUUUAAAGACAUCACGUUUGCCUACCCGACACGCCCUGAGAUUGAUAUCCUCAAGGGAGUGUCAUUCACCCUGCGGCCAGGAGAGGUCACAGCCCUCGUGGGACCCUCAGGCAGUGGAAAGAGCUCCUGUGUGAGUCUGCUGGAAAACUUCUACCUUCCUCAACAAGGCCAAGUGCUGCUGGAUGGAAAACCUGUUCACACCUUCCAGCACGACUACCUCCACUCCAAGGUAGCUCUAGUGGGCCAAGAGCCUGUACUCUUUGCCCGGACGGUCGAGGAAAACAUCACGUAUGGCCUGAGUGACGUCCCCAUGGAGGCUGUGGUGCAGGCUGCCACCAAGGCUAACGCUCAUGACUUUAUCACCACCCUCCCCAAAGGCUAUGAGACAAGUGUUGGAGAGAAGGGCACCCAGUUGUCAGGGGGACAGAAACAAAGGGUGGCCAUAGCAAGAGCUCUCAUCCGCAACCCACGUGUUCUUAUCCUAGAUGAGGCAACCAGCGCUCUGGAUGCAGAAAGUGAGCACAUUGUUCAGCAGGCUCUGAACAACAUCAUACGGGAGCACACGGUGCUGGUGAUCGCCCAUCGGCUCAGCACAGUGGAGAAAGCAGACAACAUCAUUGUGAUCGACAGGGGCCGUGUGGCUGAACAGGGCCCUCACAGUCAGCUGAUGGCCAGUGGGGGGCUCUACUGCAAGCUGGUGCAGAGGCAGGUCCUGGGCAUAGAGACAGGGGCGGAGGUCCUAAACCCAUCAGAAAACCUCCCUUGGAAGUCUGACGGAGGGCGUCAGCAGAGAAGACAAAGCAGCAGCGCCAGCGAGUCUGAGUGCAAUGUUCGCUACUGAGAAUCAGCAACAGCAGCUUGUUGAAAUGGGAGUGGACUGCUGCUAAAACCCUAUACUGUAGAAGGUAUUUUAUGCAGAUUCUGUAUCUUAGACAGAAUAUAGACCACAGAGCACUCAAAAUGCUCCAGUGAAAUCCAGAACCUUGAUAUAUUUUAAUGAGGAAUUUGAUGAAAUGAUCAUGUCAGAAUCAGUUCAGGUAAAGAUCCGCUUACAGACGAACUGAGUAGCAUAAUUAAGUUAUAAUAGAGUCAAAUGUAUCAAAACAUAUCAUAUCAAGGCUGACCCUUGAUUUGAGUUUGCCAUUGGAGAUAAAACUUGAAUGAGUGGUCAAUAUGACUAUUAACUGAUUGAUGUACUGUAUAAGAUUGUGUGUGUUUUUACUUUUUAAUACCUCAUCAUCACACUCCAGACAGAACUUGUUUUAUCUAAGUCUUCCACAGGGUUUGUUUUUGCUUUUGUAUUGGUUUUGCUGUAGCAGGUGUGGAAAUGCUUGGUUUUUCUUUUCCAGGUGGAUAAAUGAUAUUAUUUGUAAGUAAGCAGCGUGGUGACUGCAAAGAAAAGACAGGUGCCUUUGGCUGUGGAACUGAAUGCACUACAGAGAUCUAUGAUUGUCAGUGAUAAAGAAAGAAAGCAAUUAAUGACACUACUUGUACAUAAUGUAACUGUAUCAACCACUGUAAAUGAACAAUCUGUG